AUGCUAAACUUGACUCGACAAAUUUCUUGGCCAGUUGAUGAUAAGCAAGAUGCCAAUCAUGACAAUGAAGCAUACACACAAAUUGUAAUAAAAGGAAAAGAAUCAAGAAAUAAAGAUUCUCAACGAAACUAUGAAACUCUUGGAACAGCUAUUGGUAAACUGUUUUACUCAGCAUUACUUAAUCUAUUACAAUCAUCACCCUAUGUAUCUAACAUUUUUAAUGAAAACGUAUCAAAUUUGAAAGAAAAAUCUCUGGCUGUAUUUCUGAUACGAAAUGCACUGAAAAGCGAUUACGGGGAUGAAAUAGCAAAUGAAUCAGCUACAGCAUGUGGGAAUACACUUUCUAAAGUAUCCUCAAGAUCAAAAGCUUCUGGCUUAUUGAAAGACAUUGUUAAUUGUUUAACAUUCACGUUGGAUAAAUAUGACCUUAUUUCUACAGACAAAACAUUUCAACAAGCAACAUACAUAGGGCAUAAAAUUAAUAAAUCCUUAUAUGAUAUGUUAAAAAAAACAACAGCAUUUCAACUGGACGAAAAGAACAGAAAAUUUAACCAUUCACUUUUCACAGAUAGUAAGGAGAAAAAAUAUAAAAUCCAAGAAUCAAAGAUUGCUUAUAAUUAUAUAAAAAAUGAGGAAGCUUCAAUAUUCACUACCUUAUCAUCCCAAACGGAAAACAAUGAAAAUAGUAAUCGAACAGAUUACUUUUCAAUAUACAACACCUCCGUCCUAAAGCACAGUACACAAGGUUUCGCUGACAACCUACAACAAUCAUCAACUGAAAGUUCAAUAGAGAAAAAGCCGAAGAAGGCAAAUUUACAAACUCAAAAAGGGCAACAAAUUGUUAAAAAAACACAUAGUAUUAAUUACCUUGAUGACUACUAUUCUGAUUAUGCUGAUUACUAUUAUUCUAAUUACCGUUACCAUGAAAGUGACGAAAUGGCUUCAAAUAAUGAUGAGCAAGUGCAUCAAAUUCCUCCAAUCACAAAUUCCUCCAAUAUUGAAUCAACAGAGAUGAAGUCUAAUUUACAAAUACAAGGAAAGAAAACUGUUCAAAAAUCCCAAAUUAUUAACGACAAACAGUACAAUUACCCUAAAAACGAUUACUUGAAUUAUUUCAAUAACUACUACCUUAACUAUGAUUUAUCAGAUGAAGUAUAUAACUCCAAGGCCAAUUACUUGAAUGAUUAUUACUUCAAUUAUUAUAAUCCUUUUUACGAUUAUUAUUAUUACUCGUAUUAUUACCCUCAUUAUCCCGAAAGCGAAGAAAUAUCAUACAACGGCAGGCAACAGCAUCCGUAUACUGAUACAAAUCCCUCCAAUGCUGAAUCAAUAGAGUUGAAGUCUAAUUUACAAACACAAGGAGGGCAGAAAACUUCUCAAAAAUUCCAAAUUAUUAGUGACAAACAGUACUAUUACCCCCCAAAUGAUUAUUUGAAUUAUUUCAAUGACUACUACCUUAAUUAUGACUUAUCAGAUGAAGUAUAUAACUCCAUGAGCAAUUAUUUGAAUGAUUAUUACUUCAAUUAUUAUAAGCCUUUUUACGAUUAUUAUUAUUAUCGACCUCAUUAUCCCGAAAGCGAAGAAAUGAUAUCAUACAAUAGCAGGCAACAGCAUUCGUAUACUGAUACAAAUCGCUCCAAUGCUGAAUUCAUAGAGUUGAAGUCUAAUUUACAAACACAAGGAGGGCAGAAAACUUUUCAAAAAUUCCAAAUUAUUAGUGACAAACAGUGCAAUUACCCCAAAAACAACUAUUUGAAUUAUUUCAAUGACUACUACCUUAGCUAUGACUUAUCAGAUGAAGUAUAUAACUCCAUGGCCAAUUAUUUGAAUGAUUAUUACUUCAAUUAUUAUAAUCCAUUUUACGAUUAUUAUUAUUAUCACCCUCAUUAUCUCGAAAGUGAAGAGAUCAUGUCAUACAACGGCAGGGAGCAGCAUCCAUAUACUGAUACGGAUCGCUCUAAUACUGAAUCAUCCGAGAUGAAACAGCAACCUUCUUUACAAACACAGGAACAAACAAAUUUUCAAAAACCAUAUAUUUUUAAAGACAUCCAGUACAAUUAUCCUGAUUACGAUUACUCUAACUAUUAUUAUUUCGAUAAUUAUCGAGCCAAAUAUGACUACUCAUAUUCCGACUUUAAGAAUUACUACUUUAGUAAUUAUUACAAUUACCCAAAAGUAUAUCAACCUGGUUAUAAUUUUUAUGCUGAUAACUAUGACACUACAUACAACGAAGAGCAUUUAAAUCAAGAACAUAACCUAGAUCAUUCUGAUAACACACCAGAAUGGCUCCAAACUCUACAGCUUAACCUACAACAGCAACAUCGUGGUGAUAAAUCAAAGCAAUUUUCGGAUAAAUCUGAAAAUCCAGAACCUUGGGCCGCAGCUAGUGAUUAUAACUCUAUUUACUUCAUUCAUGAUUUUUACAAUGAAAAUUAUGAAAUUCCACCACAAAAUGAUAAGCACUUACAUCAGUAUAAAAACAUAGAUUAUCCUGAUAUUGGAUUAGGAUUGGCAGAAAAUCUGCAGUUUAUUUUGCAACUAUUAAGUGGAUUUAACAGAAACCAAUUCUCUAUACAAUAUGAAAAUCCCGUAUCUCGCCCGCCCACCUGCCGAUUACUAUUACUUUAA